AGAACGCUUUGGUCCGACAUAAUGUAGUGGCUGAAGGACGUGUCCAGUGGAAGUGGGGUCUGUGCCCCACUGGUUUUGUUUCUUGCUUGGAGAAGUACCUGCUCCUCUUAUUGUCCUGAAAAACUGAGAUGAGACGGCAAAGAGAAAGCUCUAUAUAGCGAAUGGAGCAAAGUUCUCCUGAUAAGAAACACGGUUUAUGGUUCUGCCUCAUCUCUGCAGCAUGAACGUGAAGUGUUUAGACAGCUGAGAAGUGGACCCGACUGUCACAUUUAAAUACUCAUGAGGGUAGAUUGACUAUAGAAGAGAGACAAUGAGUAAAUCUUAUUCCAUGCAAGAUAUUUAUCAGAAGAAUGAUUUUAGUGGAUCUUUUAAAAUGGAGUCCGAGAUGGGGACAGCCAUUGCAAACCCAAACUACACAGAACCUUCAUGCUGCCUGAGUGUCAAAAACGUGUCCUAUACUGUCAGUGAGCAUGUAGGACCCUGGUGGGACCUUCCAUCAUAUAGAAAAAAAUGGACAAGGCAGAUAUUGAAUGAUGUGUCAUUUCAUGUGAACAGUGGUGAGAUCAUGGGAAUUCUGGGAAACUCGGGUUCUGGUAAGACCACUCUUUUAGAUGCUAUAGCGGGAAGAAUUGGGAAUUCUGGUUCUCUCCUGGGAGAAGUUUAUAUAAAUGGAAGAAAGCUUAAAAGGGAUCAAUUUCAAGACUGUUUCUCCUAUGUCCUGCAGAGUGACAAUCUGUUGAGCUACCUGACAGUGGAGGAAACCCUGACAUACACCGCUCAGCUUGCUUUAAGACAUCACUCUGCUGAAGCCAUACGCAAGAAGGUAACUGCAGUCAUGGCAGAGCUGAGUUUAGGACACGUGGCUCACAGCGUGAUAGGGGGCCGCAUUUUCCCUGGUAUUUCGGGUGGAGAGAGAAGAAGGGUCUCCAUCGCCAGCCAGCUUCUUCAGGACCCCAAAGUGAUCCUUCUGGAUGAGCCUACCACAGGAUUGGACAGCAUGACGGCCAAUCAGAUUGUGGUGUUGCUUGCCGAACUGGCCAAAAGGGAUCGAAUAGUCAUAGUGACCAUUCAUCAACCCCGGUCAGAACUUUUCAGAAUCUUCAAUAGAAUCGCGAUCAUGAGCAAAGGAGAACUGGUGUUUUGUGGACAGCCUGAAGAGAUGGUUGAUUUUUUCAGCAGCUGUGGAUACGAAUGUCCUGAGUACUGCAACCCCUUCGAUAUUUAUGUUGAUAUGACCUCUGUGGACACACGCUGCAGUGAGAGGGAGGCUGUUACCUAUAGCCGAAUGCAUGACAUCACAUCAGCCUUUUGCAGCUCAGACAUCUAUAAAGACAUGCUGGAGAGGAUCGAACACAGCUGCCAAAGACCAGACAAACCCAUGAUCCCCUUCAAAAGCAAAGAGUCCCCCAACUGCCUUUCCAAACUGACCGUUUUGCUUAGGAGGACUGUCCGUAAUAUGUCUCGUGACAGAAUGGGGAUUCUCAUGCGCCUCUCUCAGAAUCUGAUCUAUGGUCUCUUCAUUGCUUUUUUUCUAAUGAAACUGGAAAUUGAUGUAGCUAAAGGUGCUGUGCAGGACCGAAUCGGCAUAAUCUACCAAGCCAUGGGUGCUUCACCCUAUACUGGCAUGCUGAAUGCUGUGGCUCUGUUUCCUGCUUUAAGGGCCAUUUCUGAUCAGGAGAGUAAAGACGGCUUGUACCAGAAAUGGCAGAUGUUUCUGGCCUAUAUUAUUCAUAUUCUUCCCUUCAGUAUAAUCAGUGUCUUCAUCUUCACCUCUUUCUUAUACUGGACUGUUGGCAUGAAUCCAGAUCCCUUGAGAUUCCUAUGUUUUUCAGCGGUGGUCCUGGUGCCUCAUGUUAUAGGAGAGCUCCUAACAUUGGUCUUGUUGGGUGUUGUUCAAGACCCCAACAUGGUUAACAGUGGGGUAGCUCUACUCAAUGUAGCUGGUAUCAUGCUGGGCUCUGGCUUUCUAAGGAGUUUUAAGCAAAUGCCUGUGGUAUUCCAGUGGUUGAGUUAUCUAACCUUUCAGAGGUAUGGAUGUGAGCUUCUGAUCGUCACUGAGUUUUAUGGCCUGAACUUCACAUGUGCACCUUUACCUGGUUUGCCUGGAUCAUGUUUAAUAGAAAGUGGCAAUCAGAUCAUAAAUGAAGGCUAUCCGGGAGCCCCCUCUCGCUACACACAAGACUUUCUUCUGCUCUAUGCAUUCCUCCCUGCACUCGUCAUACUGGGAAUCAUCACCUUUAAGAUACGAGAUUACCUCACCAGACGCUGAGCUUUUUUAGUGUUUGUGUGAUUGCAAGAUUGCAAUGACAAUAAAAUAUUAGUUUAUGUUCCUUAUUUUAUACUUAUACCAUGGGUCUGUUGAAUGCUGUAUUGUGAUUGGCUGAGAAAUGUUCCGUGGGUAUGCAUUAAUCCUGAUAACCGCACACCUAACAUUUUAAAUGUCUUAAAAAUAGGCACUAGAGCAAUGUUUGUGGUAACCGUGGUAUAAGAGGAAUAAUAGGCUUUAUGCCCAGCUGCACUACUUCCUGAACUUCAGCCAGCUCCUUGUUUCCUGUCUGCCAUUAUUGGACAAAUUGAUUAAUCCAGGUGUGCCUGACCGCAGUAGUCACAAACAAACUGAUUAAUCCAGGUGUGCCUGACCUCAGUAGUCACAACAACAAUAAUCAGAUACACCUGACUUAAUCGGUUUGUCCAAUAAUGGCAGACAGGAAACAAGGAGCUGGCUAAAGUUCAGAAAGUAGUGCAGCUGGGCAUAAAGCCUAUUGACUCCGGUCCUUUUACUUAUACCAUGGGCCUGUUGAAUGCUUUAUUCUGAUUGGUUGAGAAAUCUUCCAUGGGUGUUGAUUAUUUUUCUGUAAAUCACACAGCUGACCUGUCAAAUGUUUUAAAAUAACCACCAGAACAAUGUCUGUGGUAACUGUGAUAUAAGCGGAAUAAUUUAAUUUCCUUUGAAUUAUUUGAAAAUAAUGCACCACCAUUACCAACUUGGGUGUGCAUUAUUUUCGAAUAAUUCAAAGGCUUGUCGUCAAUUAUUCCUUACACAAGUUAUAUUUGGGAUAUUGUACAUCAUAUUAAAUAAAACUGUGUAAGCCACAACAUCAACAUGAAAUCAACCUGCAAUUUAUCUGCAAUUACUGUAUAUAUUUUCUCAACAAUUGUAUAUAUAUAUAUAAUUUCUAAUGUGACUGUACAUAGAUUUACAUUGUGUUAUACACAAUACAUGUUUAAUAAUAAAUGGAAAAUAAUGCAAAUAUAAGUUAUAUUAUUUUACCUAGAAUGGGUUCUUUUUUAUG